AUGAAGCACCCGAUGGCUACAGCAGUGCUGGUAGUACUGGUGCAAGUUUCUCAGAGUUUCCCUGCCUUGUACCACCGAAGCUGGUGGAGGCUGUUAAGGGAAGGAGAUAACUGUGGAAAAUGUGAUUUGGCACUUUGCUCUGAGCCUCAGGAUUGUCCAGCUGGGACUGUAUUGGACCGCUGUGGCUGCUGUCCUGAAUGUGGGAAUGCAGAAGGUCAGAUCUGCGAUUUGGAUCAGGGCAAUCAUUUCUAUGGGCAAUGUGGGGACAACCUUGAGUGCAGGUUGAAUGCUGAUGAAGCAAGGUUUGGGGAAGUCCCUGAGCCCCAGUGUGUGUGCAAGUCUCAAGAGAGCAUCUGUGGACCUGAAGGGAAAACCUAUGAGAACAUCUGUCAAUUCAACAAGGCUUAUCCUAUGAAAAGAAAUAUCAGCAUGAAACAUAAAGGACCCUGUGAAUCAGCUCCUGUUAUUUCUACGCCACCUCAGGAUGCCCAGAAUUUCACAGGUGAUGAUGUCAUUUUUGGCUGUGAGGUGUCAGCCUAUCCUAUGCCACACCUUGAAUGGAAAAAAAGGGAUAAAAUGUCUCUGCCAGGAGAUGACACCCACAUCUCAGUACAGGCAAGAGGUGGGCCUCAGAAGUAUGGUGUGACAGGCUGGCUGCAGAUUCAAGGCCUCAAAAAAUCAGAUGAAGGCAUUUACAUCUGCCACACCAAAAAUAAGUUUGGUGCAACAUAUGCCUCUGCAAGACUGAAAGUCAUUGAUGGUUCAUCUGCGUUUGCACUUACUGCUGGCAGUAGAAGUGUAAGCUACAGCAUCGAAUAUGGGGAGUAUUAUGACCAUUCUGAUGAUGAAGAUGAGGAAGAAUAUGAAUCUGGGGACUAUGAAAAUUGAAACAACUCUGAAUAGUAAUUUUAUACAUCUGUUAUCCAAUACUUUCCACAUUCUUCUAUUUACA